AUGCAUUGCAAGUAUACGAAGGGUCGCUAUUCACUUCUACAGUUACGGCUGUGCAUUUCACCUGCAUACUUUCUGUCUUCAUUGCUUCCUCUCCUGCAUACCCCACUCCUCUCCCCCCUCCCCAUCUCCUGCUUCUCGAUCUCGCUUGACGUGCGUGUGCAUGCCGCGCAGAUCGACAAUCACCGCAAUCAGCUCAUCCAGCUGGAGCUGGUGCUGAAUGCGGGCAUCAUGGUCACGUCCAUCUCAGCCACCGUCGUCGGCAUAUUCGGAAUGAACAUCCCCUACGCCUGGAACACAGACCCCUCUGCCUUUGUCUGGGUGGUUGUGCUCGGAACAUUGGUGCCCACUCUGCUCUUUGUUGCCCUUGUUUGGUAUGCAAGGCACCGCAAGAUCCUGGCCUGA